AUUGAUAGGCUUUUUUAUUGCACGGUUAAUAGCUGGUGUUUUUGUUCUUUGUUACAGUACUGCAGAAAUCCUGAUGGAGAUGUGAAUGGACCUUGGUGCUACACAACAGACCCGAGAAAAGCCUGGGAGUACUGUGACAUUCCUAAGUGCCCUCCUGCUCAGUAUGAAUGUGGAAAAUCCAAGUUCAGACAAAAGUUGUGUGCUCAAAGGAUUGUUGCUGGUUGUAUUUCCCAUCCACACUCCUGGCCCUGGCAGAUUAGUCUCCGUACGAGUUAUGGCUUGCAUUUCUGUGGGGGGACUCUGAUAGAUCCUCAGUGGGUUCUUACUGCUGCUCACUGCUUAGAAAAGUCCUCACGGCCAUCUUCAUAUAGAGUAUACCUUGGAUUACACAAAGAAGCAGCGUUAGAGCCAUCAGUACAAAAACUUGAUGUGGAGAAAUUGUUCAAGGAGCCACGCAGGGCAGACAUUGCUCUGCUAAAACUCAGCAGCCCAGCAGUCAUUAAUGAUCAUGUAAUCCCGGUUUGUUUACCAAAAGAAAAUACUGUGCUAGGAGGAAGAGAGGAGUGCUAUGUCACGGGCUGGGGGGAUACAAGAGGAACUGGUGGUACUGGUUACUUAAAGGAAACUGGAUUUCCUGUAAUUGAGAAUAAAAUAUGCAACCGCCCUGAAUUUUUGAAUGGUAGAGUCAAAAACAGUGAGCUCUGUGCUGGGAAUAUUCAUGGUGGCACAGAUACCUGUCAGGAGGACAGUGGAGGACCUCUAGUCUGUCUGGACCAAGAUAAAUUUGUUCAACAUGGAGUCACCUCUUGGGGCCUUGGCUGUGCCCAACCCAUGAAACCUGGUGUUUAUGUUCGAGUUUCCAACUAUAUUCCUUGGAUUAAAAGUGUAAUGGAAAGCAACUGAUCCUGGCUAUGGACUGCCCCCUCCUGGGAAGAAGGACGCACAUCAGAAAUACAAGAUUCCAAGUGCAAUAGUAAAGCUACAAUCAUUCAUAAGAAAGUAAAAUAAAUAUGAUCAUCCAUUUUAAAUUGCCAUAAAUUAAUAGUUAUUGCCAAGAAAUCCAACUGACAGUGUGUUACCCUCUUUCUAUAUGCUCUAUGGUCUGCUGUGUUUGGCAAGAGACUUACCCACCUCUGGAUUACAUGUCAAAAAUCAUGAUCUUAACUGUAACUGGACACAUGGAUUUUAAUUUUAUAUCAAGUUCUACAAUGAUGUUUUCUUCUAAGGUCAUAAUUUCCCAAGAUGUUGUGCUUCCAACAAACAAAGAAAGGAGGAGAAUUUUUAUUUUAUGUGAAUUGUCUGAGCCUCUUACCAGUUUGACGCUACAGCCCAAAGAAGAAUCUCACAGUACAUGUCUUAUACUCAUGUGAAGUUUUAUUAAAUACAUUUUAUAGCAUCAAAUAUAUGGGAUGGAAAAAAAAAAAGAAAAGAAGCAAA